AUGAGCAUCAACGCAGACAACCAUACCGCUGAGGCGGAUAGAUACUCAUCCGCCAAUUCUCCCGAGGAUGUACCUAGCCUCGUCACUCGUAUCUCCUCAUUUGGUCCGGACAUCAACUGUGAGGACAGGAAAGAACGAUCAGAACUACUGGAUGCAGCCAGGUCGCUCGUGGCGGCACUGGAGACGCCUGCAGAGACGAGCCGCCGUCAUAUCUGGCUUAAUCCUGCGACAUUUGCGGCUAUUAUGACAGCGUUGGACCUCGGCGUUUUCCCACUGCUUGCCUUGAACGGAAAGCCCAAGACAGCUCUCGACCUGGCCACUGCGACGAACUCCGAUCCUGUGCUGCUUGCAAGAAUUCUGAAGCAUCUUGGUGCAAUGGGCGUCUUGUUUGAGACAGGCACGGAUGAAUAUUGCGCCACGAACCUUUCCUCCACCCUGGCCGUAGACAAAUAUAGUGACGGUUAUCGUCUUUAG